UCUUCCACCUCAUUCAUCCCUUUCUUCAUUACCUAAGGUACCUAACUUACUAGAAGGACGUCAAAAAAACUGUGGCCUGCGUAUCUACCAGGAUUAGGUAAUUAUUAGCAGAGGUACAUACCUACGUCAGUUAUUUUCGACGCCUUUCCGGUACUUCAGCAGCAACCAACCAUGGCCCCCCUCAACGAAGCCCACAAAACCCGCAUCAUCUCCCACAUGAACGCCGACCACUACCGGGAGUUGGAGCACUACCUGCGCGCCUUCAACGGCCUAUCCGCAUCCGCUUCCCGCGGCGCCCAACUAACCGACAUGACGACGGAUACCAUGACGAUCCGCACCGCCUCCGGAGCCACCCACUCCGUCGCCAUCAACCCGCCCCUAGCAUCUGCCGCCGACGCGCGCGUGCGCCUCGUCGACAUGGCUACGGAAGCCCUGCAGAAGCUCGGUCUGAGCGACAUCCGGAUCACGAGCAUUACGCGGCCGCGGGGCCUCGGCGCCGCGACGUUCCUCGGCGUGGCUCUGUACAUCGUCUGCGUAGCCACGCUGCCCCUAGUCCAGCCCGGCACCGCCGCCUGGACGCUUUUGGACGCGUACUUUCCCUUCGGGGGCGUGGCGCGGUAUUUCUGGGUUGUGCGCGCGAUCCUCGCGCCGACCGUGGUGUUGCACCUGUUCGAAGCGUGGUGGAUGGCGCGGUCGCGGUUGGGAAAGCAUGGCGUCGAGACGUUUAGUCGGUUGUGGCUGUUGUGGGUCGGGGACGUUCUGAUGGAGGGGUAUCCGGCCAUAGUACGUUUUGACGGGCUGGUGGAGGCGGAGCGGAAGAAGAAGGAGAGUGGGAAGCAUUGAGGGGGGUUGUUGGGGGUGUUUUAUCCCG